UCGGCGGCCAUCAUAGCGGAUGCAAAGUUUUCACCUAAAACAAAAAAUUUAACGGCGCCACAAAUCGUUACUACCGCCGUAAGUUCAAUUUUCUCCCGAAAGUACUCCGACGAAGUUUUCCCUGUUUCCCCAGCUCCGGCGACGGCAACACUGAAACCCCUAUCCCCGAUGCUCGCGGAGCCGAAGGAGUAGAGAUAGAGUGAGAAAAAAGGCAUGCGGUGGAAGCACGAUGCAAGGCCUCCAACACCAGCAGCAGCAGCUCGUGGCGCUCCUCACGGCGGCGCUACCCAAAGACGCCUCCUCCAAAGCCCCGGCGACUUCUUCUUCUUCAGCCUCCUCCUCCGCCGGCUCUGUGCCCCCCUCACCUGAAGAAGACGAAUCGCAGCGUCUAGCAGCCAUCAACUCCCUCCACCGCGCAAUACUCUAUCCGCACAACUCGCUCCUUGUCACGCACUCCGCCUCCUACCUCGCCCAGGGUUUCUCUCAGCUACUAACUGAUAAGUCGUAUUCAGUGCGCCGUGCAGCAGCUACAGCAUAUGGAGCUCUUUGUUCUCUAUUGUGUUCAUUCUUGAUAACUGCGAAUGGGAGGCAGAACCAUGCUAUGCUUGGUAGUUUGAUUGAUCGGUUUAUUGGGUGGUCUUUGCCAUCUCUAAGGAAUUUUGUCAAUGGAACUUCAGAACUAGCUUUAGAGAGCCUUCACGAGUUUCUUAAUGUUGGAGAGGUUGGAGCUGUGGAGAGAUAUGCUUUGCCAAUUCUUAAAGCUUGCCAAGAACUUCUUGAGGAUGAGAGAACCUCUAUGAGUUUACUCCCAAGACUUCUUAGUGUGCUAACAAUGAUUUCGUUGAAGUUUUUUAGAUGCUUCCAGCCCCACUUCAUGGACAUUGUUGAUCUACUUCUUGGGUGGGCAAUGGUACCGGAUAUUACAGAACCCGACAAGCUCGUUAUUAUGGAUGGUUUCCUACAAUUCCAGAAACAUUGGGUGAAUAAUAUGCAAUUUUCUUUGGGAUUGCUGUCAAAGUUUUUGGGUGACAUGGAUGUGUUAAUCCAGGAUGGAAGCCCUGGUACUUCUCAGCAAUUUAAAAGAUUGCUUGCCCUGCUAUCUUGCUUUUGUACAGUUUUACAAUCCUUAGCAUCCGGCUUAUUGGAAAUAAAUUUACUUCAACAAAUAGCUGAACCCCUUUCCAAGAUGGUUCCUGUUUUACUGGGAUGCUUGUCUAUGAUAGGAAGAAAAUUUGGAUGGUCAAAAUGGAUUGAGGAUUCUUGGAGGUGCUUGACAUUGUUGGCAGAAAUUUUAAGUGAAAGGUUUUCCACUUUCUAUCCUAUUGCAGUUGAUACAUUGUCUCAAAGCUUAGAAGUGGGAAAUGCAAACCUAGUUUAUACUGGAAAUGUUUCUUCCUUCCAGGUUCAUGGGGUUCUUAAAACUAAUUUGCAGCUUUUGUCCCUCCAAAAGCUCGGCCUUGUGCCAUCAUCUGUCCGUAAGAUACUACAAUUUGAUGGACCCAUCUCUCAAUUGCGUUUGCAUCCAAACCAACUAGUGACUGGAAGUACUGCUGCUACUUACAUCUUUUUACUUCAACAUGUGAAAAAUGAUGUUGUAGAGAACACAAUUGAUUGUUUAUUCGAAGAGCUUCAGUUAUUGAAGCACAUGCUUGAAAAGAUUUCAGGUGACGGGGAUGAACUCGAACUGGCAGUAGAUCGUAGAAGUUAUUCUAAAUCUGAGCUAGUUGUGUUGAUAAAGUUUGAUUGGGAAGUCCUGUUAAGCUGUGUUUCUCUAUCACGAGGUGAUAGUUUGAUUGAACGAGCAGAGCUUGACACUUCGUACAUGAGCAGAGCAGAAAAAUUGGUAGCUUUUUUAACUGACAAAUUUGAUCCCUUUCAUUUGCCAAUCCAAAGUGUAACACUGCAAGUUACUCUUCUGAGAGUAGUAGAAAGGCUCGCAGCAAUCGAGUUUAAGAGCAAGUGUUCUGCAAUAAAACAAAAAAGUGGGUUUAAUUGUCCUGAAAUAUCAUCUGGGACGUAUGUGGAGGACGAAAAUGAGAGAGCUCUGUACCCCAAAUCGGUUUUUCGUUACUUGAGGAGGUAUAUGAAACUCCUUGUAAAUUCUCUCGAUAUGUCUUCUCCGUUGGCAAUUAAAGUAGAAGCCCUAAGAUGGAUCGAUAAAUUUUGUGAAAAUAUUAUAAAUACAUAUAGAAACUCAAAGGCUCCAUCACACCCUUGUCAAGCUGUUGCAUGCGGGAGAAUAAUCCAGGACAUGCUUUUCUCGCUUCUAGGUGCUGCUUCAGAUAGAGAACCAGAGGUGAGAUCACUUGUGGCAACAGUUCUUGAGAUGCUCUUGAAAGCAAAACUGAUCCACCCCUUUCAGUUUCCUAUUAUUGCUGCAGUGAUCCUUGAAAAACUUGGUGACCCGGAAAAGGAUAUAAAACAUACGUACCUUAAGUUGCUUUCUCAUGUCUUACCUGUAACAAUAUAUAUCUGUGGUCUUCGUGAUAGUCGAGAAGUUAAUACAUGCCAGCCUCAAGUUCCUGCAGAAUCUGAUAGAUUUUUCUUGCUCUGGAAACAAGUUUUUGCCCUUAAGCAACUGCCUCAGCAGCUCCACUCCCAACAGCUUGUUUCUAUUUUGAGUUAUAUAUCACAGAGAUGGAAAGUUCCCUUAUCUUCAUGGAUCGAGCGGCUCAUUCAUACCUGUCGGAACAAAAAGCACCACCCAUCGACUCAGUCAGAGGAAGCAGAAACUUUUGAUUCUAAUGGUUUAUGGUGGGACGUCAAAGUGGAGGAAGGCAUACUUGAAAGGAUUUGCUCAGUUAACCGCCUAGCUGGUGCCUGGUGGGCUAUACAUGAAGCAGCUAGAUUUUGCAUUACUAGUCGUCUUCGAACUAACCUUGGUGGCCCAACUCAGACUUUUGCUGCUUUGGAGCGUAUGCUUCUUGAUGUUUCUCAUGUGUUACAGCUCGAAACAAAUCAAAACGACGGAGCCUUAAAUAUCAUUGGCUCUUAUGCUCAUUUGUUGCCCAUGAAAUUGUUACUUGAAUUUGUUGAGGCGUUGAAGAAAAAUGUAUAUAAUGCAUAUGAGGGGUCAAUAAUCUUACCUCAUGCUUCCCAGUCGAGCUGUUUAUUCUUUAAGGCAAAUAAGAAGGUCUGUGAAGAGUGGUUUUCAAGAAUAAGUGAGCCAAUGAUUGAUGCUGGACUGGCUCUCCAGUGCCAUGAUUCUACUGUUCAUUACUGCACAUUACGGUUGCAGGAAAUCAGCAACAUUGUUGCUUCAGCACUGUCAGAUAAGUCUAGAAUCCAGAUGAUAGAAAAUCUUCAAAACAUUAGAGAUAGGUAUGCUGGAGAUAUUCUGAGAAUCGUGCAAAACUUGGCGCUGGCUCUGUGUAAGAAUCGUGAACCAGAUGCACUGGUUGGGUUGCAAAAAUGGGCUACCUCGACAUUCUCUUCUUUGUUUUCUGAUGGUAACCAAGGACCAAGUGAUGAAAAGAACUGGGGACAUUUCUCAUUCAUUACCGGGCUUGUAUAUCAGGCAGGAGGGCUGCAUGAAAAGGCAGCUGCUCACUUUAUUAAUUUGUUACAGACUGAAGAAUCGCUCACUUCUAUGGGUUCUGAUGGCGUGCAAUUUGCGAUUGCGCGCAUUAUUGACAGUUAUACGGCUAUUUCUGAUUGGAAAUCUCUUGAAUCCUGGUUGUUGGAGUUGCAAACUGUACGUGCUAAGAACGCUGGAAAGAGUUAUGCUGGUGCUUUGACCACUGCUGGAAAUGAGAUAAAUUCAAUUCAAGCCUUGGCUCGAUUUGAUGAGGGUGAUUUCCAGGCAGCAUGGUCAUACCUUGAUUUGACCCCUAAAAGCAGCAAUGAACCAACACUUGAUCCCAAGUUGGCUUUACAAAGGAGUGAACAAAUGCUUUUGCAGGCAAUGCUUCUUCAUGCUGAGGGAAAAGUGGAAAAAGUGCCCUAUGAGUUACAAAAGGCAAAGUUAAUGUUGGAGGAGACAUUCUCUGUUCUGCCACUUGAUGGAUUGGUUGAGGCAGCACCACAUGUCAAUCAGUUGUACUGCAUUUCUGCAUUUGGAGAGGCUUGCAAUCUUGGAGACAGCCAGGGCCAACCCAUGGAAUCAUUAUUAAGCACAUACAUCCAAACCGUGCAGUUUCCUUGUGACCAAGUUCAUCAAGAUUGCAGUUUGUGGCUAAAAGUUCUGCGUGUUUGUCGGAAAACUAUGCCAGCCUCACCUGUUACUCUUGAACUUUGUAAGAGUUUAGUGAUUUUAGCACGCAAGCAGAGGAACUUGAUGUUGGCAACCCGUCUCAACAACUACCUCAAAACCCAUGCCACACUUAGCUCCGAUAAGGGUUUUAAUUGUUAUCUCACCUCCAGUGUGGAAUACGAGGACAUUCUACUCAUGCAAGUAAAAGAUAAGCCUGAAGAUGCAUUGAAAAAUCUUUGGUCAUUUGUGCAUCCAUGCAUGGUUUCUUCUUCAAAUGCAGCAUCUGACUCUCGUGAGAAUGUUUUAAAGGCGAAGGCAUGCUUAAAACUUUCGAAAUGGUUGCAAGGCGGCAGUUUAGGUAAAAACUGGGAGGAAAUUGUUCUUGAGAUGCCAGCCGAUUUUAAAAGGAGUGAAAUCUCCUCUCCAGUCAAAGAGCUCCUUACCCAGUCUGAUAUUAACCGGGUCCCAAAGUCAGGAAUUAGUCUUGUUAUUGAGGAACUUGUGGGAACUGCUAGAAAGUCAUCCACACUCCUCUGCCCAACGAUGGGAAAGUCGUGGAUCUUGUAUGCUUCUUGGUGUUAUACUCAAGCUGUAGCAUCUGUGUCCUCAAAUGGAAAGACAGCUCUUCGUUCUUGUUCAUUUUCUCCCAUUCUAACUUCUGAAAUCCAACCAGAAAGAUUUGUAUUAACUGAUGAAGAGAAGUUGCGUGUUAAAGAAAUAAUCGGACAGCUUAUUUCAGAAAGGUCGUACAAGAAAGAGUUAUUUGAAGGGGAAUGCAACUGGUCUCUUACUGAAUACAUGCACAGCGAGAAUGAAUUGAAUUCUUUAUGGCAGAAAAUUAUAAAUAUUAUUGAAACUACUGUUGGGGUUCCUGGGACAGAGGACUGUAGUAGCAAUAAUCUAUCUGAUGAAAUAACAUCGCAGUUGCAGAGUUGUAUUGUAUCUGCUAACAUUACCUUAGGCGAAGACAGAGUUGCAUCCGUGGUGACUAAUCUGAUUGGUGUUUGGUGGUGUUUAAGAAGGAGAAGGGUUUCUCUCUUUGGUCAAGCAGCUCAAGCUUUUCUAAAUUAUCUUUCAUUUUCGUCUUCAAAAAGUUUUGAUGGGCAAUUAUGCAGCAGUGAUGUUGAGCCAGAGUAUAAGUAUGUAAGUUACACCUUGAGGGCCAUGCUCUAUGUGCUGCACAUUCUGGUCAACUAUGGUUUUGAGUUAAAGGAUAUCCUUGAACCUGCUCUUUCAAAGGUUCCGUUGCUACCGUGGCAGGAUAUUGCAACUCAACUGUUUGCUCGUCUAAGUUCUCAUCCUGAUAAAGUGGUUCGAAUGCUGUUGGAGAAAUUGCUUAUCAUGCUGGCAAAACUUUCUCCAUGGUCUUUGAUUUACCCAACCCUUGUUGAUGCAAAUUCUCCAGAGAAGGAACCUUCUGAGGAGCUUCAGAAAAUUCUGGCCUACUUGAAUAGGCUUUAUCCAAGAUUAGUACAGGAUGCUCAACUGAUGAUAAAAGAGCUUGAAAACGUUACUGUCCUUUGGGAAGAGUUAUGGCUUGGUACACUCCAGGAUCUUCAUGCAGAUGUAAUGAGGCGCAUAAAUUUGUUGAAAGAGGAAGCAGGAAGAAUUGCACAGAACACGACCCUUACUCAUGGUGAGAAGCACAAGAUAAAUGCUGCCAAGUACUCGGCUAUGAUGGCUCCUAUUGUUGUGGUCUUAGAGCGCCGUUUGAUUUCAACAUCUCGGAGACCCGAAACGCCACAUGAGUCGUGGUUUUUUACAGAGUAUCAGGAACAGAUUAAAUCAGCCAUUACUAAGUUCAAAACUCCACCUACUUCUGUUUUGGCCUUAGCAGAUGUUUGGCGACCAUUUGAGGCAAUAGCUACUUCCCUCGCAUCACAUCAGAGGAAGUCCUCAAUUUCAUUUGGAGAAGUUUCCCCACAAUUGGCUUCUCUCAUGUCUUCGAAUGCUCCUAUGCCAGGUUUGGAGAAGCAAAUUAUGAUAUCCGAACCGGAGAGCGGUUUAGACAGCUUAAACGCAGACAUAGUAACAGUCGCUUCUUUUUCUGAACAAUUAACUAUUUUGCCAACCAAAACCAAACCUAAAAAACUAGUUAUAUUGGGAUCAAAUGGUCUGAAGUAUACAUAUCUUCUGAAAGGACGAGAGGAUCUGCGUCUUGAUGCUCGAAUUAUGCAGCUACUGCAAUCUGUCAACGGUUUUCUGCAGUCAUCAUCUGCUACACGUUGGCAGUCCGUAGGAGUCCGUUAUUACUCGGUAACACCACUUAGUGGGCGAGCUGGUCUGAUCCAGUGGGUGGAAAACGUGAUAAGCAUUUAUAGUGUUUUCAAAUCAUGGCAGAAUAGAUAUCAGUUACAACAGCUCUCUGCAUUGGGUGCUGAUACAAAAAAUGCUGCUGCUCCACCUGUCCCUCGGCCCAGUGACAUGUUCUACGGGAAAAUUAUUCCAGCUCUUAAAGAGAAAGGCAUAAGAAGAGUAAUAUCGAGAAGAGACUGGCCGCAUGAUGUUAAGCGGAAGGUUCUCUUGGAUCUUAUGAGCGAGACUCCUAAGCAACUUCUUCAUCAGGAACUUUGGUGUGCCAGUGAAGGAUUUAAGGCCUUCAGUUCAAAAUUGAAAAGGUUUUCUGGCAGCGUAGCAGCUAUGAGUAUUGUUGGUCACAUUCUGGGUUUGGGUGAUAGACACUUGGACAAUAUCCUUAUAGAUUUUUGUUCUGGGGAUAUAGUGCAUAUUGAUUACAAUGUGUGCUUUGACAAGGGUCAGAGAUUAAAGAUCCCUGAAAUUGUUCCAUUUCGCCUUACCCAGACAAUUGAGUCUGCAUUAGGGCUGACUGGCAUUGAAGGCUCCUUUAGGGCAAACUGUGAAGCUGUUUUAGGUGUUUUGAGGAAGAAUAAGGAUAUACUAUUAAUGUUACUAGAAAUUUUUGUGUGGGAUCCUCUUGUGGAAUGGACACAUGCAAACUUUCAUGAUGAUGCAGCCGUUGUUGGUGAGGAGAGGAAGGGCAUGGAGCUUGCUGUGAGUUUAAGCCUCUUUGCGUCACGUGUCCAAGAAAUCCGUGUUCCUUUACAGGAACACCACGAUCUUUUACUCUCUACCUUACCAGCAGUUGAAUCAGCCAUGGAGAGGUUUGGGAGCAUUUUAAACCAGUACGAGAUCGUCUCAAAUCAUUUCUACCGUGCUGACCAAGAGAGAUCCAACCAAAUUCAACACGAGUCAUCUGCAAAAUCUAUUGUUGCUGAAGCUACUAGCAACUCAGAAAAAAGCCGUGUUUUGUUUGAAGUACAGGUUCGAGAAAUCACUCAAGAACAUGCCAUGCUCAUUGAGAAAGGCCGAGAAGCAGCCUCCUGGGCCGAACAGCAUGGAAGGAUUAUUGAUGCUUUAAGAAGUAGUUCUAUUCCUGAAAUUAAAUCCCGCAUAAGGCUGGGUAGUUUGGAAGAAGCUCUGUGUCUUUCGUCAGCUGUUAUAGCCGCUGGAGUUCCACUGUCUGUAGUUCCUGAGCCCACCCAAAUCCAAUGCCACGAAAUUGAUAGGGAAGUUUCACAGUUAGCAGCUGAGCUGGAUAAUGGGCUUUCUACAGCAGUUGCUGCUCUCCAAAUGUAUUCAUUAGCUUUGCAGCGGAUUCUACCAUUAAAUUACCUUGCAACCAGCUCAGUCCACCGUUGGUCCCAACUUUUGCUCUCUUUGAAUAAUCUCUCUUCCGAAGUCGUGUCAGCUGCCAGAAGCCAGGGUGCUGAAAUUGUCAGUGGACACACUGAUAGAUUUGCAUAUGCUAAGAACAAUUACGAUGAUCUUUGCCUCAAGGCUACAAAGUAUGCUGCAGAUAUAGAUAGGUUGGAAGAAGAGUGUGCUGAACUUGUGGUCUCCAUCGGCCCAGAGAUGGAAUCAAAGGCCAAAGAACGUCUAUUAUCUGCAUUCAUGAACUACCUGAAUCUUACAGGCUCCAAAAGUAAAGAUGAAUCGGUUGUUUCUGGACCAGCAAUAUAUGAAGAGACAAAGAACAUGUCAUCUUGUGAGCAGAUUGAAAAGAAGAAAAAAAGGUUAUUGAAUAUACUAGAUAUGGCUGUGAGCAAUUAUUUUUCUGAUGUUAAGUAUCGAAUACGAACGGGCCUUGAUUCUUUUGGAGGGGAAAGAAUCACCAACAGUAUCCCACUGUCAGGUCUUGGUUCAUUUUGCAGUGCGUUUGAGGAGCAAAUGGAAAACUGUGUUCUAGUAAUAGAGUUUCUUGACGAGUUAAAAAGCGUUGCUGGCCUGAAUGUAUGUGAGUCCGAGGGUGAUGCAAACAGUUCAAACACCUCAUGGGGAAACUGGGCUUCAACUUUCAAGAACAGUAUUAUUUGUUCAAAAAACCUCAUUGAGAACAUAGCGGAAGUGGUUGUUCCCAAUUUGAUAAAAUCUGUGAUCUCAUUUAACUCUGAUGUAAUGGAUAUUUUCGGAUCUAUCUCCCAAAUACGUGGAUCCGUAGAUGCAGCACUCGAGCAGCUUAUCCAGGUUGAGUUAGAAAGAGCCUCUUUGACUGAACUGGAGUCUGACUACUUUGUGAAGGUAGGGCUCAUUACUGAAAGACAGCUGGCUCUCGAGGAAGCUGCCGUCAGGGGAAGAGAUAAUUUAUCUUGGGAAGAGGCUGAGGAGCUAGCUUCUCAAGAAGAAGCUUGCAAAGUGCAGCUGGACAGGCUCCAUCAGACAUGGAACCAGAAAGAUUUACGGUCUUCAUCACUUUCAAAAAGAGAAGAAAGUAUCAAUAGCGCUUUUGCUGCUUCUGAACUUCAGUUGCAAUCUCUUGUCGCUGCCGAGGCAGAAAUGGAAUCACAUGUCUUGAGAAGGAAAGCACUUCUGGCGAAAUUAAUUGAGCCUUUCUCAGAGUUGGAAUCGGUUGAUCUAGCAUUGAUGUCUCCAGCAGGGCCUGUCACGCAUAACUUGGAUAGAAUUCCUUACCUAGUUGAGUCAAUAAAUUCAGGACGUCCGAUAUCCGAAUACAUAUGGAAAUUUCCUGGUUUAUCCCACAAUCAUGCCUUUUUCAUUUGGAAGGUUAUUAUGGUGGAUCUUUUGCUGGAUUCCUGUGUACAUGACGUUGCCACAUCGUUUGAUCAGAAUUUAGGGUUUGAUCAACUUGUUGAUGUAGUUAAGAGAAAACUCAGAAACCAAUUUCAAGAGCACGUCAGCAAAUACUUGAGAGACAGAGUGGCCUCAGUUUUCUUGACUAGAUUAGAUAGAGAAGUUGAGGUUUUGAGGCAGACGAUGGAACCAGGCAUGGCAACGGGUCAAAUCCCGACAGAUCUCGCGGCUAUAAAAAGAGUGCAACCCAUGCUUGAAGAGUACUGCAGUGCACACGAAACUUUUAGAGCAGCAGAAUCAGCAGUCUCUAUCAUGAAGAGGCAGGUCAAUGAACUAAAAGAUGCACUCCUCAAGACCCACUUGGAAAUUGCUCAGUUGGAAUGGAUGUAUGAUGCGCACUUAAGACCCUUGGAAGAUAUAAGGCUGAUAACUCGUAAAUAUCUUUCAGGUGUUGAUAGCUUAUUGCCACUUAUAUUGAACACCAGCAGGCCAAAUUUGCUUGACAGCAUGCGGUCUUCUGUUGCAAAGAUUGCUAGGUCACUGGAAUGCCUGCAAUCUUGCGAAGUAGCUUCUGUUACAGCUGAAGGGCAGCUUGAGAGGGCAAUGAGUUGGGCCUGUGGGGGCCCAAACUCAAGUUCUGCUGGAAAUGCUCAUGCUAGAAAUUCAGGAAUACCUCCUGAAUUUCACGAUCAUUUGAUUAAGCGUCGGAAAUUAUUGCUGGAGGCAAGAGAAAAUGCAUCAGACAUAAUGAAAGUUUGUAUAUCCUUAUUGGAGUUUGAGGGUUCAAGAGAUGGUAUUUUCAGGACUUCAACUGGGGCGGAUGGUGUAAUGUGGCAACAGUCCUACCUUAGUGCAAUAACAAAAUUCGAUAUCACCUAUCAUUCUUUUAUACGGGCUGAGAAAGAGUGGAAGCUUGCACAAAGAAAUAUGGAAGCAGCUUCUGGUGGUUUACUUUCUGCAACCAAUGAACUUUCGGUUGCUUCAGUAAGAGCUAGGACCGCAUCAGGUGAUUUACAGAGUACUCUUCUUACAAUGAGAGAGUCAGCCUACGACGCCAGUGUUGCAUUGUCCUCAUAUGCGCGUAUCAUUGGAGGUCACAAUGCUCUGACUUCUGAAUGUGGUUCUAUGCUCGAAGAGGUCUUGGCCAUAACAGAAGGUUUGCAUGAUAUUCACAGUUUGGGGAAAGAGGCCGCUGUAUUACACACAUCUCUAAUGGAAGAACUCUCAAAGGCCAGUGCAGUCCUUAUCCCACUCGAGUCCCUACUCUCAAAGGAUGUUGCUGCCAUGACUGAUGCCAUGGGUAGGGAAAAAGAAACAAAAUCAGAGAUAUCCCCCAUUCAUGGACAAGCCAUUUUCCAGUCUUACCAUAAUAGAGUCGAGGAGGCUUUACGAGUGUUCAAGCCCUUAGUACCUUCUCUUACUACUUCUGUCAAGGGGCUUUACUCCCUUUUGACUAAGCUGGCUAAGGCUGCAGGUCUUCACGCCGGCAAUCUUCAUAAAGCACUUGAAGGAGUAGGAGAAAGCCUGGAAAUAAGGUCACAGGACAUUGAUCCCCUGAGGACAGAUAUAGCUGAUUCUGGUGCUGAGUAUAAUACACAGGAGACCGAGAUUUCAGUCAAAUCUGAUGUUGAGGAUGCAAAUGUUUCGGUUGGUCUGAAUGAAUUGACUUUACGGGAAAGUGGUUGGAUAUCUCCACCAGAAAGCCUCGCUGAUAGUAGUGGAGAGUCUGGUGGCACAUCAGCUGGAGGAAGCAUUGCAGAUAGCUUCAGUGGACUCGAUAUUACUUCACCAACUUCAGGUGGCUCUAAUAGCCACGAGAAAGCAGAUUCUCAACCAUACUUCCCGUCAGGUGUGACUGAAGGUCUCGGGUCAUCACCUCGUGAGACACAUUCAGAAAAUAAGCAGGAAAGCUCAGAUGUGGAUUCUGGGCACGAAGAGGUAAAAUUUGUUCUAAACCACGACAAUGCCGAAGGACUACCGAAACAUUCCUUCAAUGUCGGCCAAGGGCGUGCGGGCAAAAAUGCUUAUGCAGUGACAAUCUUAAGGCGAGUCGAGAUGAAACUUGACGGGCGAGAUAUCACCGACAACAGGCAUGGAAAUCAGUAUUGGGGAGCAAGUUGAUUUUCUGCUCAGGCAAGCUACAAACAUCGACAAUCUUUGCAACAUGUACGAAGGUUGGACACCUUGGAUUUAAAAAAUCAUCCCACAUUGGAGAAAUUUUUCAAAACACACAGACCCUAAAAGAUUGAGAUAUGCCUUCAUAAUGGAACAAUUUUUUUGAAGAAAUGAAAGAGGCGAAUUUGACAACAUUCCACGGCCUGCUCGUUGGAUUUUUUAAUCCCUAAAGAGGCUCCCCAAAUGAAUCACAAAAUUCAUCAGUGAGACGUGUGUUGUGUUCGCCAGUGGUCGAUUGCGAAAAAUGGUCUGGUGGGUUGACUGGAGCCAUCGGAUUUCAACCGGUUAUUCUUCAGAGACCCAAUCUAUAGAGGACAUGUGGCGGCAUCUGGUUGACCGAUCGGUUGAAUGCAGUAUGACUCGGAUGCUACACCGAGUUGGUUGAACGUUCUUGAGUCGCAUUUUUCCUCUGGCAUAUCUAUAUGUACGAAGUUACUAUUACACUAUUACAAUGCUCCUCGUUUUCAAUUUUCUCUGCCAAAGGUAGAAAGAAUAAUCAAUGGUUUUGGAUUUUUGGAUUAGCUAAAAUUUGUAGUGAUUUUUAUGAAUGAACUCGUUUAAAAUAAUUACGCGUCAGAUUUUCUGAUAGGUGGUAAAAUUUUGAGAAUUUAGCAGAGUACAAUAAAAUCCUAUUUAUAUAGAUCAUAGAUGUGGAUAAUAUAAGGUGCAGAAUUGUUAUUAUUACGAGCCAUUUGUUUUUUUUCUUUUUUCUUUU